AUGUCUGGCCCAGACGCUGCAGAUGCAACGAGCGCCGUGGACACGGAGGAGUUCCGUCAGAUGCAGCUGUCGAUGCUGAAGCAGGAGAACGCGAGUCUCAGUCGGAGGCUGGACGAGUUGACCUUCAACUUGCACGCUCAUGAACAGGCCCAUUCGCCACACUUCGAGCAACCCAGCAUGCGGUCCACGUUGGGAGGGAGAUUCUCCGGCCUCUACUCGCGCCCUGAAAGUGUAGGGAAAGUUCCCAAGAGCAGAGACAUGCUGCUCGGCUUCCAGGGUAACCUUGCUUCUUGCGAUCGUGGGUCGUUGAGUGCAAAACUGCUACACCUCAAGCGACUACUUCAUCGGCGAAUCGAUUCAGGGACAUUUCCAACCAAGGAAUGUCUCCAGGAUUUCAAACAAAUGCUGUGCAGGCUGGAAUAUAUGAGAACGCCGGAAACUCAUGAGAGGAUCCGAAUCAUCUUGUCGCACAGAGUGGAUGACGACGUGAUGUCGUCUCUGAAGAAAGACAUCAUCACGAUCGUCUCUUUCACCCAGGGGCUCGAGCUAGCAGAAGAUUCCGUUUCAUUCGAGGUGAUAUCAGACGAUUUCCUGAGGAACUGCUCCUUUCUUUCUACACCCAGUGGAUUGAUUUCAAACUCAAGGUUGGCGGUUGUUCCAAUGAACGCUCUUGUUACUGACAUCACGGUUGCUUUCCAGCUCAUCUUUCAAGUUUUCGGACGACAAGAGGUGAGACAGUUUGCACUUGCCUUCACUCUUCUGAUCCAUCUUAGUGUCUCGGACUCCGAGCGGAACCCUGAGUUGGUCCGGAGCAGAAGCAACUCGCUCAGCAACUCGGGCUCGGAGUCUUCUUUCACCUUCAGCGUCAGCAUUGCAGAAUCAGGAGGCUGCUGUGAGCCAUCGACCCUGAACUACAAAGAAGCAAAGACUUACGAUGAAAGUUCGGAAAGGCUUCGGAUCAUCAUCGUGGGACUGAACCAUGAAGGUGCAACCGCGUCCGACUCGCCAAUGAAACUGAAGCUUGCGACUCUAAGUGAACUGUAUGCUCCAGUGUUCGAUGCUCACAGACCUCUGACUCAAUCGCUCGCCAGUUGCGAAAGAGAUUCGGUCGCGUGGCAGCAAGCUUUGCAGAACGUCUUCCCUGAAAGUUUGACGUCGUCGCUCAUCGUUUCAUGGAUGAGCAAAAAUGUUUCGAGUGGUGACCAGGUAGUCUAUGAUGAAGCAACCCUCAAGAUAUUCAGCUUACCUGUCGAUCUCCAGGAUGAUGCGGCGACUGUUGUGUGCUGUUACGAUAAGAUUGGUGGGAAUUCAACGGAAAUCUCCUUUUAUUAUCCGAACCACCUUCAGAAUUAUUUCAGGCAGAGGGGAAGAUUCUGCUCCAAGACUGAUGACUCGUUUGUUCGGGCGGUUCUUGCCGAUCAUAUCGACUCAAUCUGCUUCCACGAAUGGCUGGAUGGCACCUCGACUGACAGCGGGCAGCAACCAGUUGUGCAUAUCCCGGUGACAAUGCCGGAGUGGGUGGCCAUGUCUGUGCUACAUCUCUCCAGGAGCAACGACCCGUGGCUGUCGUUCCUGGUGUCUGAGCCCCAUCCAUUGAUGUCUGCUCGUUCCGAAGGACAUGCCUCCAUCACCAUCCACCAAGGCUGUCGCCCCCCCGUCGAAGGGGCCACUGCCACCAGUAUCAUCCUCUUCUUCGAGCUGGAGAGGCAGCAGGAGAUCAUUCGCCGCAAAGUGGCUUCGCUUGAGCGGCUGAUGCAGUGCAAGCUGUUUGUUGGCCAGAUGGAGUCCUUCACCCUCCGCCUCCAGUCCCAUGCAGAAGAGCUCUUCUCGGGCAUUCGGAUCAAGCAGGAGACGCCAAACACGCUCGAUGCUCUGUGCUCACAGUUGUCGUCCCUCAGCAUGCAGUGCGAGCAAUGUAUCGGACACGCCAUCGAUGCCGUCAAGGCCGUGGGGGAUGCUCCCAUCGGCGAGGAGGCAAUCUUGCAGCAGCAGCUUGGGAAGAUCCUGCAGGCUCGGAACGCGAAGCAGCAUGUGGACCGGCUCAAGGAUCAAGUGCAAGGAGCCCUGGCUCAGAAACUCGGCAAGUCUCCUUCACCAGGACGAGCAGCCAUGCCGGACGGUUACGUGCCUGCCGCGCCUCUUGGAAGCUGCAGCAAGGACACAGACGCUUCUCCCAGGGCUGUGUUGGUAACCAGCGAAGACAAGCAGGUUGUGAUGGAUAUGCUGAACCAGAUCGAGCAAGGGAUCCAGCUGCACAAGGAGCAGCAGGAACGGCUCAUUCAGUUCUGGCUCAAGCAGCAUGAUGUGGUGCGGGAGGAGCUCAACACGUUGCUGGAGAUGGCGAACUCUGCGGCUCAGGCGGAGAGCAUCGGAGUGGAGACGCUGCGAGGGAGGUUUGACCAAUACAUGGAAUUCCUGGAGGAUCACGAGAGGGUUGAGGACCAGAUGCUGUUUCCCCUCGUCAAGGCGCUUUUCCCCCAGAGUGCGGAGGCUGUGGACAGUGUACUAGAUCCAACGAGGCACAAGGGAGUGGAGGCGCUGAAUGCUCGUGUCGGGCGCUUGUUGCAGCAGCUGCAUGAGAGGAACAGGGCAGGAGAAGAGAUGGUUCUCAACACCAAGGAGAUGGGCCAGGUCGUCGACGCUCUAGAACGCCUCAACGACUAUAUGGUGGGGCACAUACAGUACGAGGAGGAGAUGACGAUGCCGUGGCUGCGCUCGGGGGAGGCGCUUACCAAGGUUGGCGCCAACCCUGUCCCCAUGGUAGCUUCACCGUCAUGA